AUGGAACGGUCGAAAAUGGAUCAGAAAGCACAACAUUUAUUGAGCCGCGAAAUUCAGGCAAUGGAAGAAUUGCACCAUCCAAAUAUCAUUAGACUUUUUGAGUGUGUUGAAACAAUGACCAGAACAUUUUUGGUAAUGGAAUACGCUGGUGGUGGUGAACUUUAUGGUUAUAUCCGUGAACGAGGCAAGCUACCAGAACAAGACUGUAAACCACUGUUUUCACAAAUUGUUGCUGCCGUUGCGCAUAUGCAUACAAGAAAACUUGUUCAUCGCGAUAUUAAAGCUGAGAAUGUGAUCUUUUCACGACCUGGACAAAUUAAGCUUGCUGAUUUUGGAUUUUCCUGUAAAUUGGAAGAAGAUGGUAAACUUCGGACAUUUUGUGGCUCACCGCCAUAUGCAGCGCCAGAAUUAUUUAAAGAGGAAAAAUAUUACGGUCCUAUGGUAGAUAUAUGGGCAAUGGGUGUACUACUGUUUUUUAUGCUGGUUGGGAAUACGCCAUUUCGGGGUGAUACAAUCUCGGACUUGCGGCAAAAUAUAUUGAAAGGAUUUUUUGACUUGCCUGAUUAUUUAAGUUCGUUUGCACAAUUAAUCAUUACUCGAAUGCUGGAGAUGAAUCCGGAAAAACGGAUGACUGUUUUUGAUAUCAAGUGUAAGACACAUCACACUUCCAAGAAUCCUGAUAAAAAUGCAAUUGUUCAAGCAGUAUGGCAUGACUUAAGUCAAUACGGUAUAACAGAGGAAAUGUUAGCCGAAUCUUAUCCAAAAGCUCCAAGAAGUGCUGUUGUUGGUACAUACAGAAUAGUUUUAUACCAAACGCAAAUAAAAGCCGAAGAGGAGGAACGACAACGAGCAAUGAUGGAACAAGAACAGAACGAAUUUGAAGUGACAAAAAAGAAGGUUACACCAAUGUUAAAUCAUCGAAAUUCAGUCAUGCGUUCAAUGCAGUUCUUGAACGCUUGUAUUGACCGUGAACAGGAAGGCUGGAUUAUAUGUCAUAUGUGA